GGUAGGCGGGGCGGGGCUGAGGGCCGCGCAGGCGGCGCGCUUCCCGGGAGCACGCGCUGCGCUUCCCGUGCCGCCGUCGCUUCCGCGCUCGGAGCUCGGCACACGGUGCAGACGUCCUGCAAGCUGGCCAUUUUCUGAUUUCGUUUUCUUGGGUUAAGCGUGGCGUCCCGAGGUCCACGCACCUUCGCUCGUGCACCAACGGCAGGGGAGGGUGGGGCGCGUCACCUUAGCGCGGGGGAGAAGGGAAGCCGGUUCCCGGGUUUGCCUGAGUAGGCGGAGGGGCCUUCUCGCCAACCACGACCGGGGCCAAAGGUCCUUCGCGACGCGAUCCCCCAGGUCUUCCUGAAGGGGCCUUUGCUCUUCGCCCCAUUAUCGCCCUUCCUUUUCUCACCUCACUAGCUCCUUCCUUCCCCUUGUCAGCAGAGACUGAAGACCUCGCUUUGCCCUCCCAGAACCCCAACUUUGAGGAACCAGCAUGUACUUACUUUGAUCAGGAUGCAGUCUGUUCGGCUGGGAAGGCUCUCAAAAUUUGUCAUGCAAAUCCAGCCAUGAACCCAAAUCGUAUCUUCAUUUAACUUUUAGUCCAGAGGGCUUUUUUUUUUUUUUUUAAAUCAACAAAAUACAACUUCUAGAGUCUUCUGAGAACUGUACUGCAUUAGAUUACCUUUGAGAUAAUUCUAAAUUAGUGCCUUGAGGAGGUUCAAAGAGGAGGCUUGACACUUUUUCCUCCACCUGUAUCAUAGUUUGAAAUGGAAAACAUGAGUUGGUGAUUUUCCACACGAGGUGGGUUUCAGAAUGCAGCCUCCGUGUGCCCUGGCCUUGUCUUGGUUAUUUGGUGUUACUUCUUAAGUGGAUUUUAAAGCGCAACAUAGCGGGCAGGUAAAGGAGCUGGUGAAAAGAAGUCCAGUAUAACUCAGUAGAGCCAUUUUAUUGGAUUCUAUUAACCUGUUUAACCUUAAGCUAAAGCCUGGCAGGAGUUUCUUGUAGGAACCCACAUACCAAGUGCAGUAUUGAAUUUUAAUGAGUGCCUUCCAGGUCUGAAGUAGAAUACAUUUUCCUCAGCUCCCACUCCCUGUUGUUUCAUAUUUGCCUUCGUGUUUUAUAUUUAAGGAAACAGUUUUAGAAUUGAAGGUUGGAAGAAUACCUUUUGAUUCAUAAAACUUAUUUGCCAAACUUGAAAACUGAAUUGGUAAAAUCUGAACCAUGGUAGAGAAAUAAGGCAGGAAACUGAAUUGUAUUGCCUUACCAAUUUUUGGAUGGCUUCUUUACUCCCGUUUUGACGUUUUAAUCUUAUGGACCAGAGAAGUACAAAAUUUUCUGUUUGUAAGGAACUUUGGCAGUUUAAUCCAACCCCAUUAUUUUACAGAGAGAAUUAAUCAGAGAAACUUUCGUGAAGAGCUUUAACAGAAGCUGAAUAGAACUAGUAGACUUAAUUAACUAGAUACUUAAGUAGAUAAUUCACACCUCCCCAAUGGAUAUUCUUGUACAAAAAUUUGUUUUGAUUAUGGUAUCUUAUAAAAAGCCAAGUAAUUACUAAAUUUUCAUUUUUUCCCAUUUUGAGUAAUUGCUUUAAUUUGUAAUUUGGGCCCAUUAGAAGCAAAUGAUACAAAUUAAUUAUAGUUAAGAAAUGUUUACAUUCUAUCAAUUCAAAUAGUACUUUCCAGUUAGUUUGAAUUUGGUAAUUAUUUUUAUUUCAAGAAUGUUUACUCAUAUUCUUGAUUCUGAUAAUUUGUGCCAGUCCUAGGAGAUGGGCAUUUCAAGAGUGUUGUGGUAUCCAUACUCUUGAUGUUAAUUAGGAAUAAAGGUCCCGUAUACAUGUGGUAAUCAAAUUCCAGCAGCCCCAGCAUUGUCACUUAGUGGUCCUCAAAUGCAGAAGUUCUGAUGCCCUUGCUUGGGUGGGGUGAAUUCUUUGCCUCUCCCAUACCACAGUGUUUAGUGUAGGCAUCUAAUAAAUACUUUUUGGCUUGUGUGCAGUUUCCCUGGUGGUGGCUUCAUGAAAGAUGGACCUUGUCUCAACUGUUCAUGCCUUGUUUCAAGUGUAGUGGGUAUUCUGUAAAUGCUUGUGGUCUUGAGUUUAAUCAAGCUUAAGACUGUAGCAGAGUGGCCUGGAAGUUGUGGAUCAUUAGAUUGUAAACCUGAAAUAUUUCAUAUUUGUUUUUGUGGUGAAUCAUAUACUCUGUUAGGCUAAAUUCUAGUACUGAAAGAUGGCAGGUAUCAAAUAUAUUAGAAAAAUGGGGGAGGAUUUACCAUUGAGAAUUUUGGUUUUUUAACAUGUAUUAUGUACUGUGAAAUUCUGAAAGGACACCGUUACUUAAAUCUUUUGAUAGAGUACCUCAGUCAAGCUAAAAUACUAUUUUCCACUGGAAGCAAAGUUUGACACCAUGAAUCGAAUGACCCUAAUUGUUACUCUAGGGCCAUUUCAAUUAAAGCCUUGGUUUCACUUUAUGGGGACAUAUAUUUCAGCAUAUAGACCUUUGUAAUAAACAUGACUUUGGGAGUUCAGGCUACCUUGGUCAGCUGUCCUGAAAUGGUACUUCACAGUUUUAGGCUGUGUUCGAUAUGUUGUGCUUCAUGUUGGUGAUACUCUUUAAAAACAAAACAGAACAAAACAGUAAACCCUCUGUAUUUUCUUUUUCUUUAAGCCUUAUCUUUACCUUCUUUAAUAGAACAGAAUAGCAUGUUUUGUUUAUUUUAAAAAAUUAAAGAGAAUUGUCUAGUAUUUCUUUUGGAAAGUACCACCACUCCCCUCUUUGAAUAGCCUUAGCAGAUAAUGUUUGGGUAAAUGCAGGGCCUAUUCCAUAGAGCAAUUCCUAUUUGAAUAUGUAGUCAUAUAAGUAAUAUCCUUCACAGGAACAUCAUCUUUGGACUACAUGCAUUUUCCUUUCUAUGGACACUAUUGAAAACAAUUGUACAGUAGAGUAGGAUGGUGUUUAAUUUAUAGGGAGCAGAUAAUUAUGCAUCUGUAAAUGCUGGUUCAUGUAUCAGUCCUAGUCUACGUGGCCUACCCACUCUCAGUGUUGUCCCUUCCACCCAGUUCUUAAAUUGAUUUAUAAGACUGAACAUUUAUUAAGACUCCCAUCCUCUUCAGAAGGUGGGAUCUGAAAUUGUUCUGGUGCCCUGAACGUUUAUUGCUCACAGAGAGGUACGGUGUCUCACUGUAUCCUUGGCAUGUACUCUUAAGAUUCUCAUUUUUAAAAGCACUGUAUUCAUUAGGAGUUUUGACCUAUAGGUAAUAAACAUCUUAGUGAAGUGUGUGUGAAGCAUCUAGAAUAUAUCAACAUAGGUUUAAAUGGAAUUAGGACAUAGAAUCAAUUAGUAAGAAAUAGUAAGAAUAUUUAGUCCUUUACUCCCACAUGUGAAGGUCACACUUAAUUCAUUUAAACAGAUGACACCUUUAUUUUUAAUACUUAUUUUUAAAAGUAACCAGAGAAGCAAUUCCACAGCCUUUCUUUAGUAACUGUUAAGUAGUCCAUAGAGUUUAUGUUUCUUGUGUGGUUACUUUUGUAUUCCACAUCCCUUGUGGACCUGGAACUUUGUUGGAAGCCUAAUGAAGAACUCUAACAGCUUGGCCAUCUUCCUCUGCCUGCCAUCCCUUCUCCCCUCAGGGAGCAGGGGCCAGUUCUUGUCCAGACUGGAUAUUGGUGUAUUACUUCAGUUAGGGUAAAACUUGUAGAGCCAUGAUACAGCAACACUGCCUACUGGACUUGCACUCACUUAGAUUGAUUCCUUUGAUACUGAGGAUAGGCCAGCUGAGAGCUGGGUUCUUGGCAGUUAUCAUUUGAGUCCUUUUAAAGGGUCAGUUUUUCAUUUGCAUCAGGUACUUUAGAAUACCUUGGGUUUAUCCAGUCAUUCCUUUGACCCAUUUCCUGACUACCUUGCUGUUGGGUUCUCUGUCUUAGCUGAGUCACUUAAUGGGUGAUUUUCAUCCAUUUUCAGUGGCAACUAAUUAUUUUCAAGUGUUUGUUUUUCUACCCAUGUUUUCUCUUAGUUUUAAACUUUCAUUUGACUAAAAUACCUGUUAUAUUCUCCCAUAACACAUUUGUUCAUUAUCUGUGUUUUCAUCUAGAUUGUGUAUACCCUGAGUGUUGGGACCAAAUCUGUGCUGUUGGUGGCAGUGUCCUCAGUACUCAGCACAUAGCAGGUAACACAGAUGAUAAAAAUCCGUUCAAGAAUUUGUAUGUGACAUCUGCAGCAGGUUCAAAACUCUCAGCUAUAAGACAAACUGGAUACUUCGUAAAGAUUUUCAUCUAUAAUGCACAGAGAUCCAAAAUCCAUUACUGAAAUUGUCUGGGUGAGCUGCCUGCUGGGUCCAGUGAUGCACUAGUAGACAAAGAAGUUGAAAAAGAAGGCUCACUUAUUCUCUGGAUGACUGGCAGAAUGUGACACCAAUAUGGUAUCAUGCCCUACUAUGAUUCGAAGGACUUGAUGACUCUGAUUAAAUAAAAAUGACUCUUUUUUGGUGGGGGUGUUUGAAGUAAAUUUGACUUUUAGUUGGGGAACGUGUAAUGUAUUACUCCAUAAUAAUAUAUGGUAAUCAGUCAUUCAAGUUCCUGAAUAUUUGUGGAACUUACAUAGUUACACCUUUUAUUAUUGGGUUCUCUUACUGUAAGGCAAGUACUAUAAAGAAAAACAUCUGUUUAACCUAAAAAAAGUUAACCUAAAAAGAUUAAUUUAAGGAGUGUAAUUUUCACAUAGAAAUUUUUACUUAGAGCAUUCUUGAAAAUACUCAUCCCUAGAGUAUUAAAAUAAUGUUUUUAGUUUCAAAAAGUUACUGUACCCAGAAAUUUUGAGGAAAAUGUUCUUUUGUGUAGGCUCUUGAAUUCAAUAGUAGAAUAAUCAUACUGUACAGUAUUCUGCAUAGAAUGAUUAAUAAAUUAAUAGUAACUCCUAAAAUACUAAUAACUUAAGAUCUAUUAGCUAAAUUUACUUAAAAUGAUUUAGUGAGCAGGUGUGAACUGGAAAUAAACCUGUGUAUUUACUAAAAUUAUUGAAUCACAACAAAACUGGAACAUCAAAGUACUCUAUAAACCAAAUCAAUAUUUUAUUUGGUUAGAGUUCCUGCUUUUGACAUAUAUCUAUUUAUAUCAGUUAUAAAGGACCUGAAAGUUCUGGGAAAUUCUUUGAAAGAGGUGGGUAGAUUCUCUCAAAGUUGAAUCCCAUUUCUUUUCUCAGUGAAUCUUUAAUUUUUUUUUUUCAUCUUAGUGUUCAACAAAAACUCUGGUGGUCCAGGAUAUAAAACAUAAUAGUUCAUACAGAUAGAUCAUUUACAAACAGAAAAAGAUUCCCUCAUGAUUUACCUUGAAAUCUUUAUUCAAGGCCUGUACCAUUCAAUAUGUCGGUGUGCCACUUGCCACCUACAGCACAUUUUUUGGUCAGAAUGCAGUGUAACUAACAUAAUCAUUCUGUAAGGAAAAGGAUAUGCGGGUUGCUGAAGAGUGGAAGUUAAACACAUCUAAUUUACAAGUCAGAUUAGAGAUGAGAAUAAUACAAUAGCUUGAUGUGGAAUUGAUUUCAUUUCAUGGUUUUUACAGUAUUUUUUCAUUGAAGUAAUGCCUAUAACUGAAAGACAGGUGUGUUGUAGCAUUUGAAUGCUGUAAAUGCUUUUGAAUCUGGAAUGAAAGGAGAUGCUCUUAGAUGUUUAGAUUCUAAAACUCAGGGAUUUUGAAAUGAAAUGUUCUGUCAUUCAUUUAUUGUGCCAUAAUUGAACUGCCUUGUGGAUUUUGUUUGAGAUUAUUCUGAUUAAUAUUUGGAAAACUUGACAAUUUCAAAUAUAAGAUACUUUUGGAAAGACUAUGAUUUUGUGUCAGUGUGUGUUUAAAUAAAGCAGCAAACACCUUUUUACCUUAUGAAUAGGUUGUAUUUAAUAAGAAAUCAUGUGUAUUUAACAUUGAUAGACAUUUAAAUGAGGAAUUCCAUGUGGUCUUCUAAGGAGAGAACAUUAAACAGAGCACUUUAUAGAUUGCCAUUAUUAUUUUUUCCCUAAAGUAAACCUUUUAAAAAAUAUAACAUGUAGAAUAAUGCCUAAAUAAAGCUUGACAUGUUGCAGUUAUUCUUAUUUUACCUCUUCUUACUGAAAUUGAGAAGACAUUUCAUAAAGUGAGUCUGAAAAACUAAUUCAUUGCAGAAAGGAAGUGCUAUUUAUUGGAAUUUGAGAACACAGUUGCAGAAAAGCAUGUGUUGAUGUUUUGAAUGGUUCUUGAGCCAAUAAUUGAUUUGAGUAUUAUUAGGAGAAGAAAAUCCAGGUGUUUCAAACUAGUUUUGUAUUAGUAAUCAAAAGAUUUAGUUUCAUCCUUUCCCAUCCCUGCUACAUGGUGAGUUCUCAUGAAUUGAUUUCUGAGGUGACAAAACAUUGGGAUUUAGUGUAUUGAGAAUUCAUUAAUUGCAUCUUUUUUGUCUACUCCUUUACAUAGGACUUACUUAGUCAUUUUGUUUAUAGGGCAUGAGAAAGAUACUGAAUCCUAACUUUUAUGGACCUCAAAAAAGACUUGAAUAAAGAUUAAUGUAAGGUACCCCUACAUUAGCCAGAUUGGAUGUAUGUAAAAAGAGGCAUAGGUAUAUCUGGAUCAUGAGGUGUGCUUUAAGAAGAAGACCAUAGAAAAGAAGAACACAUUUUCUUCUUGCCACAAAAACUGCAGUAGAAAAAAUCUGUGACAGUUUGAAGGGCUGAUGAGUACUCUUAUCAUCGAAGCAUUCUAUGGAGGGUCCCAUAAACAGCUCGUGGACCUUCUCCGAGAAGAGUUGGAAAACUGUGUUCUUUAUACUCUUCCUGCAAAGAAGUGGCAUUGGAGAGCACGGACAUCAGCUUUAUACUUCUCUCAGAAUAUUCCCAUCAGUGAGCAUUACAGGCUCCUCUUUGCAAGCUCAGUGCUUAACCUGACUGAACUGAUUGCCCUUCGGCCUGACCUUGGGAAAUUGAAAAAGAUUCUGUACUUCCACGAGAACCAAUUGGUGUAUCCUGUCAAGAAAUGUCAGGAGAGGGAUUUCCAAUAUGGAUACAACCAAAUUCUCUCAUGCCUGGUAGCUGAUGUAGUGGUAUUCAACUCGGUUUUUAAUAUGCAGUCAUUUCUCUCUUCUAUUGGGAGAUUUAUGAAGCUGAUUCCUGAUCACAGACCUAAGGAUCUGGAAAGCAUCAUCAGACCCAAGUGCCAAGUUAUUUACUUUCCCAUCAGGUUUCCUGAUGUGAGCAGAUUCAUGCCCAAGCAUAAAAUGGCCCAUUUACAAAAGAUGCUCAGCCUUCGAGGAGAUGGCAGUGCUGCUUCAUCCAUGGCCCUUCCUCUCCCUCUGGAGCAGGGAAGUUCUGAGAAUAUAUUGGAUAAUGUUGAGUCACAGUCUGGACCUUGUGAUGCUGCACAACCAGAAAACCUGGUUAGCUCAUUAAUGCAGGAGUCAUACUUGAAAAUGCGAGACUCAUUAGAUAAUUCAAGCUCUCAUCCUGGAGAAAAGAAACAAAAUCUGUAUGACAUUUCAAGUGGAGCUGAUGAUCAACAAAGACCGUUGCACAUUGUCUGGCCUCACAGGUGGGAGCAUGAUAAAGAUCCAGAAACUUUUUUAAAGAUAUUAAUGCAUCUUAAGGACUUAGGACUUAAUUUCCAUGUAUCUGUCCUUGGAGAAACCUUCACAGAUGUCCCAGAUAUAUUUUCAGAGUCCAAAAAGGCGCUGGAAUCAUCCGUCUUACACUGGGGCUACUUACCCAGCAGAGAAGACUAUUUCCACGUACUGUGCCUGGCUGAUGUUGUCAUCUCAACAGCUAAGCAUGAAUUCUUUGGAGUGGCGAUGUUGGAAGCUGUGUAUUGUGGUUGUUACCCACUUUGUCCCAAAGACUUGGUGUAUCCUGAAAUAUUUCCAGCUGAAUAUCUGUAUUCUACACCUGAACAGCUUUCAAAAAGGCUCCAGAAUUUCUGCAAGAGACCUGAUAUUAUAAGGAAACAUCUCUAUAAGGGUGACAUGAAUCCUUUUUCGUGGGCAGCCCUACAUGGUAAAUUCAGGUCUCUGCUUACAACAGAACCAAAGGAAGAUUUGUGACAGAUGGGGCUAAGUCACAAACUUGCAGCCUAAGGCAGAAUCUGUAGAACUUUCCAGAGUGUGCCCAUAUUUACCUGAUCAGAGAGAACAGAAAAUCUGCAGAGGAAGCUGAGCCUGGCUGCUUGUCAUAGCUGACACAGAGCCAUCUGCCACAAACCUGUGGCGGCUUCAGAUCUCCAAUCCCUGCCACCACCCCAACUCAAAUUAAAUACAGAUUCCUAGAGACGUUAUGAUGGUUACACAUGUCCUCGGCAUCACAUGGAGGAGACUGUUCAAAAAAAAUAUGUGGCCUGUUGUAUAACCGCACUCAUGUAUCCCAUAUGUGGUGCCACAUUGAAUUUCCGGUGGAAUCCGUUUUUAUCCUUUGUACUGGAUGACAUGGUGCCUGAAUUCUUUCUCUUUGCCGACAUGAUGGCAGCCAAACUGCAGCUUCAAACACUCACACUUGGCUGGGUUUCUACCUGGGUUGCCAGGUUAUCACCGGAGCUGUCUUGUGCCCCCAGAGGGCCACGGGGUCUGAAAGGAGGACCGGAAUGCUAUGGGACUAAUUGGGCAGCCAUCUCAGAACUGUUUGUGGCAAAGGGCUGGUUUAGCACUUUCCUUUUAGCAAAUUAAUGACUCUCUGGCACAGGCAUUUUUAAGUGAAGGUAUUAAUAAGGGGUCUGGCAGGUAUUUCCAUGAUUCACAGAGUUACAUUUGCAUUUAAUUUAUCUUAAAGAAAGUUGCAAGAUAAACAGCUGUAAUUUGGACAAACAUGGGAAAUACCCUGAGUGGGGCCAUCUUACCCAUAAAAUGAACACUGAGAUACUUGUUUUUUUUCAUGGGUAAAAAUAGAGAAAUGAAAAUACUUCUAACAAAACCAGUACUUUUGAUAUAAAUAUUUCUUGAAAAUAUUUGGAUUCAGCUACAAAUGUAACAUUUUCAAGACAAAUCACUUACAUUCCAAUAGUCAUGCUGCUGUAUUUGUGGAUGUAAAGAUGUUUUGAACAGUUAGAUUAUAAAAUAAAUUUUUAAUAAAGUGCCCUCUG